ACGAAUAUGGCGACAGAAUUUAUUAAUCGUAUUGCAUCUCCUAUGGAGUUAUGUGUAGAGACUUUGGAUCAACCAACGGAUAAGGUUGAAGAACUAAAGCGUUCGCUUGAAGCUAAACAAGGGGUCAGAUCGCCCUUUUUAAUAGGCUCUAUAGAGGAGGUAAACCAAAGGAUCAGUAGAUUAGAUCGGAAACUUCAAGGCUACACCGAGCUGAUUUGUGAAAGCAGAGCAUCCGAAUCUCAGGAUGAUAUUGACCCUGUUCUGUGGAAUGAUUUUGACAGAGAUACAUUUCAUACCAGAGAGAAAGAGACAAAGGAGGUUAACCAGUUUGCUGGAAUCUAUACACUCAAAUCAACAUUUGUGCCAGGCCGUAGUACAAGAGUUCGGAACAUUUCCAAAAUUAGUAUGAAACCUUGCAGAAUCUCCCCAGCAAAGAAGGAUCCAGGGAAACCAAAAUUUGUUGAGCUUCAUCAAUAUCCAGGUUAUGACCCAACAGAGUUAACUCCACUGCCUGAUGACAUUGCAGCAGUAGACAUUCUACAAAAAGCUGCAGAUGCAUCCAUGAAUUUGGACAAAAAGCCUCAGUUCAGACCUGCAUUUGAAAAACUGUUCUACUCCGAUCUGUCACAAGCAAUACUCCUGGACAUAUUUUGGUACUACUUUCUUGAGAAGUUUCAGUCAAGUCGUAAUUCACAAAUGAAGCUGUUUAAUAGAGUUGCUCACAAUUAUGUUCAGCUGAUGAUAUAUGCCAAAGACCCUCUAUACCGCGAUACUUUCUUUAAGAAGUAUCCCAUGUUGAUGACUCAGGCUGUGUAUGCAGCUACAUGCCAUUCUUUCCCCGAUUCCUAUCGUCAGUUUGGUGAGAGCUUCAAGGAUGAUUUGGUUUCCAUGGUUAUGGAAUGGAUGACAGGACUACAUCCACCACCUCGUUACUGGCUGACAUGGGACUUUGAGAAGCUGGAGCCACCCAACAUGAAAACCAGGGAGGAGAUGGCUAAUAACUCAAAGAAAGUCAAUAUGAGAUUGAACUUUGACUACCUGGACUCUCUCGUGUCCACAAAACAAAACAGUCUGUCCAUCUCGGAAAUCUCACUGAAUCAAUCAUCGAAAUCGUCCAUCUCAUCGAGCCAGAACCGCACAGCCCGUGGUCAUCGGAAUAAAUGGCUGACGUCCCACAAAGGAAUGAAAGUUAGCUCUUUAACCUCUUCACAAGAUAACAGCAUCAUUGACAUGGUGGAGAGUGCCCAGGACAGUCCGCGGAGAGUCUCUCAGAAGGGGCAAGAGAUGCGGAGAAUUACCGAGGCCCUCCCUGCAAUCAGAGAGAUGACGAGAGAAGAUGACAGUGGAAGUGAACGCAAGAAGCAGACGCCAAGAUCAAAGAUACUUUUCACAGGAGAAAAGGAACUUCAGAAAGUAGAAUCUCAUCCUGCAUGUAAAGGUCCUGAUUUUGUCAAGUCAGUUUUCAACAUGCAUGCUAGAAGUCCGCUGGUUGCUCACUACGUGCGCAUGAAUAACCUCAAGCCUUUAGCUGGGACUAAUGUGCUACUAGAAAGAACGGAGAUGGAAAAUCUGCCACCUCUAGGAUUUCCAACAUACAGAGAUGUUAUUAAAACUUCAAAUAAAGCCAUCACUGACAUUGCAAGAAAAUUUCAGAAAAUGUAUGCGAGAAACACACGUCAGAGUAAUAUCUUCAUGAAGAAACAACAGGCAGAGAGGCGAGCACACUUGCAGAAGGAAUCUGUAUUGCUGUCCAACACCAAACUAGUGAAAAGACUCAGUGAUCUACUUAUACUCGAACAAAGAAAAGAUCCCGACUCUUUAUCAGUGAAUGUUGAUGCAGCUAUAGAGGCUGCAUUGAUGGGAAUCGAUGUAACUAACCAAUAAACAGCUUAUUCCAAAAACAUGCCCACUGUUACAGUACAAUGCUGUGAUAUUAAAGACAAUGUUUUGUUUUUCUCAGGGCAUUUUGCAAAUUAUAUAUUUAUUUAUCUCCUUAUUUCAUUUUGAAAUUUGUCUUUAAUAUUUUUAUUUUUUUUUAAUGCCCCAUUUAUCAAUAGAAGUCUGUGUCCUGGUCUCUAUUUAAAAAAUUUAUUUAGUUCUAUGGCAAAACUUCACAUACUGUACACUUACUGAUAUAUCGGUUUGCCUGCGAUUCCAUGGCCAUUAUUCUGUGCAUAUAGUACUCUUUAUUACUCACAUUGUUUACAUAUACAUGUAGCUAUAAUAAUACAUGGAAUACUGUAAUGGCACUUCUGAUGUCACUAGUCUGUACAACUACAAACCUGCAUCAGUUAGGUUUUGUGAAAUUUACUUAAUUCAGCAUCAUUGUCAGAACCACAUUGAAUGUCAUUAACAUUGAUUAUGAUGGGAUUUCAAUCAUACUUAACAUUUGUUAUAACUCACACUUUGUGAAUAAUAAUUAAAUUAUCACACUUGCAUAAGUGCCACAUGAUAGAUAUAUAGAACACAUUAGGGAAUUGUUCUAUUCCGUCACUUUUUCUCGGAGAACAAAAUAAUUUUCAAACUCAUUCCAUAAAUUUUGUAUGGCACUGCCACUCAUGUAAUCUAUACAUACUGCCGCAUACCAAACCUACAUGUGUAUACCACAGUGCUACACUCAAUCACCUGCACUGUAAUUCUUCCAUUUAUUGUGACCGAAUUCAUCUACAAAGACCACCUUUGAGACAUGCCAAUUAUAGCCUUUCAGUGAAUACCCAUGUAGUUUGUUUUUGAAACAUUCAACCAGCCUACUCCAUACUCCACCACCUAAAUGGUCAUUUCAUGAAGUGCUAGGGCAGUGUUUUACAGAUUGAAUUAGUGCCUGCUAGUAUUAUUUCAUAAAAUAUGUUUUACAGAUUAAAGGGACUACCCUGAGUUUUCUGCCAUUGUAACAUGUAUUUGUCAUACAGAACCUUUUUGAUGACAAAAAUUACAUAUUAGCGUUUUCUUGUUUAGAAUAUCAGUGUCUGUAUAAACAAGGUGUGUUUGUAGCAGCCCAAAUCAAAUUUUACUUUCCAAUAAUAAAAAAAAGAAGCCAUUUGCAAACAUUAGCACACUACCAAAACAGAUGGAUAUACAGACAUUGAUAUCCUAAGCAAGUAAAUAUAUUUACUAUGUAAGUUUAAUUAUUAAAAACUGUUAAUUUGGUUCCCAGGGCUUGUGUACAUUUAUAUAUAUAUAUAUAUGUGUGUGUGUGAUAUAUGUGAUAUAAGCAUGACUGUGAUAUGUGAUAAAUUCACACAAUAAAAUACUAAUUUAUU